AUGGAUCCUCUCCAACCCAGCGACUCGGCCGCAAACCGCGGCCCGAGAUCGAACACCCGCAAGCGCUCAAGAGAACCAGAUGACAUGUCUUCGCCGGGGCAAUUGCCUCCCUCUAGUCCCGCCGCACUGGGCUCGUCACCCCCUCCGAUGCCUCCCUUUGAGGAAGGCGAAGAUGAUGAUGACGAAGAAGCCGAGCUGGUGCCCGAUAUUGAUGAUGUGGAUGAGUUAGCCGAGGACGAAGACGGUAUUGAUCUGUUCGGCGACAACUUCGAGCGGGAUUACCGCGAUGCGGCCGAUGACCAGUACGCAAACGAGGGGUACAUUGACGACGAUGGAGAUCACGAUGAACUCGAUGCUGCGACCCGUCGGCAAUUGGAUGCUCGCCUGAACAAGAGAGAUCGGGAACUUCAGCGUCGACGCCGCAUGCCUGCUGCUUUCCUACAGGAUGAUGAUGACAUGGAGUUGGAUCUGUCGCGUCAGCCGCGCCGUCGUCGCCACCACUAUGAUGAGGACCGUGAGGAUAUCGAUAUGGCAGAUGAAGGCAUGGAGGAGCUGUCAUUAGAAGAAUUGGCCGACGUCAAGGCCGCCAACAUCACAGACUGGGUCACCCAGCCUCAAGUCCUCCGCUCCAUCUACCGCGAGUUCAAGGCUUUCCUGACAGAGUUCAUCGACCCCUCAGGCCAGUCGGUGUAUGGAAACCGUAUCAAGACCCUUGGUGAGGUUAACUCUGCCUCGCUGGAGGUGUCCUAUGCUCACUUGAGCGAGACCAAGGCUGCUCUGUCCUAUUUCCUCGCCAACGAGCCCACGGAAAUCCUGAAGGUCUUUGAUCAGGUCGCCCUCGACGUCACUCUCUUCCACUAUCCCCAAUAUCACGACAUUCACAACGAGAUCCACGUGCGCAUCACUGAUGUGCCAAUCAUCUAUACUCUGCGCCAGCUGCGCCAGUCGCAUCUCAACUGUCUGGUCCGUGUCGGCGGUGUAGUCACGCGCCGCACCGGAGUCUUCCCACAGCUGAAAUACGUGAUGUUCCUUUGCCAGAAGUGUGGUAUCACUCUCGGACCCUUCCAGCAGGAAGCCAGCGCCGAGGUGAAGAUCUCGUACUGCCAGAACUGCCAGUCCCGUGGGCCUUUCACUGUCAACUCGGAGAAGACCGUCUAUCGCAACUAUCAGAAGCUGACCCUGCAGGAGUCUCCCGGCUCUGUUCCUGCUGGUCGUCUGCCUCGCCAGCGUGAGGUCGUCCUUUUGGCUGACCUGAUCGACUCUGCCAAGCCUGGUGAUGAGAUUGAGAUCACUGGUAUCUAUCGCAACAGCUUUGAUGCUCAAUUGAACAACAAGAACGGAUUCCCUGUCUUCGCUACCAUCAUUGAGGCUAAUCAUGUGGUUAAAGCCCACGAUCAGCUUGCUGGAUUCAAUCUGACUGAAGAGGACGAGCGCGAGAUUCGUGCUCUGUCUCGCGACCCCGAGAUUGUGGACAAGAUCGUUCGUUCUAUGGCCCCCAGCAUCUACGGCCACCUUGAUGUCAAAACUGCCGUGGCACUUUCUCUCUUCGGCGGUGUUAGCAAGCAGGCCCAGGGCAAGAUGUCCAUUCGUGGUGACAUCAACGUCCUGCUGCUUGGUGACCCCGGUACUGCCAAGUCUCAGGUGCUCAAGUACGUCGAGAAGACUGCUCACCGUGCCGUCUUCGCCACUGGCCAGGGUGCUAGUGCUGUCGGUUUGACGGCUAGCGUUCGCCGUGACCCCCUGACCAGCGAGUGGACUUUGGAGGGUGGUGCCCUGGUCUUGGCUGAUCGUGGUACUUGUCUGAUUGACGAGUUCGAUAAAAUGAACGAUCAGGACCGAACCUCCAUCCAUGAAGCUAUGGAACAACAGACCAUCUCUAUCUCCAAGGCCGGUAUCGUCACCACUCUGCAGGCUCGCUGUGCAGUUGUUGCUGCUGCCAAUCCCACGGGCGGCCGUUACAACAGCACCAAGGCCUUCUCAGAGAACGUCGAGCUGACCGAGCCUAUCUUGUCUCGUUUCGAUAUCCUUUGUGUUGUCCGUGAUCUGGUCGAGCCCGCCGAGGAUGAGCGCCUGGCCAACUUUGUGAUUGAGUCGCACCAUCGUGCCAACCCAGCCCGACCUCUGCGGAAUGACCAGGGCAACCUUGUUGACGCUGAUGGCCACCGUAUCGAUAUGGAGGGCUAUCGCAUCGACAAGGAAGGUCGCCGUCUGCCCCCCACCCAGGAGGAGAUUGCGCGCCGUGCUGCCGAGCAGAAAAAGGCCGAAGAGGAGAAGGAGGGCGAGAUCCCGCAGGAGCUGUUGCGGAAAUACAUUCUCUAUGCUCGUGAGCGCUGUCACCCCAAGCUAUACCAGAUCGACCAGGACAAGAUUGCUCGUCUCUUCGCGGACAUGCGUCGCGAGUCGCUGGCUACUGGUGCCUACCCGAUUACUGUCCGUCAUCUGGAAGCCAUCAUGCGUAUCGCCGAAUCUUUCUGCAAGAUGCGCCUGUCCGAGUACUGCUCUUCACAGGAUAUCGACCGUGCCAUUGCUGUCACAGUCGACUCCUUCAUCAGCAGCCAGAAGGUCAGCUGCAAGAAAGCCCUGUCGCGCGCAUUUGCCAAGUACACACUGUCCCGGCCCAAGCCGCAGUCCAAGCGCCGCGCCGGUAUUCCGGUGCCGAACCCGCAUCUGCCGCGUACUGCGCCCGCGCCUCAGUGA